AAGGUUUUCAACUGCCUGAUACAUUAGUAUUCAUUCACCAUUCAGAGAACAUGAUAGUUUUCAUAUAUUGGGUUUAUAUCGUAUUAGCGCUUUCUUCUUCAUUGGGGGCCAGAACCGGUAUAAAACAGUUAACCCAAAUUUUGUCCCCCAAGAAAAGCCUCGGAAACUGUAAGGCUGAUACAGGAGCUACUUUGGCAGAUAUCGAAUCACUCAAGGCCAAAACAAUUCCAAAAACCAAAACUGGUCGCUGUUUCAUGGAAUGUUUAUUCAACACCGCAAACAUAAUGAAAGAUGGCAAAUUUGACAAAAAUGGAAUGGUGAUCGCUUUCACGCCUGCUCUGAAGGGGGAUUUGACAAAGAUGGGAAAGUUGAAAGAGCUGUCGGAAGUAUGUGCAAAGGAAAUCGGACCAAAUAAACAUAAGAACUGUGAGGGCGGACAGAAAUUUGUGGAAUGCCUUGCGAAACAUGGCAAUUCAUAUGGACUGGCAUUUUCAACUCAUGUCUAUAGCAAUUGA